AUGAGUAUCCUUAAUGAUAACCCUUCCGGUGACUACAUGGAGCCGGAACAGUCUUCAAACACUCAUAUACAUAAAAGAGAUGUAAGAGUCGAGGAGGAGAUCAAGCCAUCAGAUGACAUGGAUGGAAAGGGAGUUGUGGCUGCAGAUGGUGAAGUACAUCUGAGAAAGUCAUUUUCGUUGUGGUCGAUCCUUGGUGUCGGGUUUGGUUUGACGAAUUCCUGGUUUGGUAUUUCUACCUCUAUGGUCGCGGGUAUAUCAUCUGGUGGGCCCAUGAUGAUUAUUUACGGUAUAAUUAUUGUUGCAUUAAUUUCCAUUUGUAUUGGUACUUCGUUGGGUGAGCUAUCGUCCGCGUACCCCCAUGCCGGUGGCCAAUUUUGGUGGUCAUUAAAGCUAGCCCCUCCUAAAUACAAAAGAUUUGCCGCGUAUAUGUGUGGUUCUUUUGCAUUUGCAGGGUCUGUGUUCACAAGUGCAUCCACUACGUUGUCUGUCGCUACUGAAGUUGUGGGUAUGUAUGCAUUGAUGCAUCCUGAAUUUACUCCAAAAAGAUGGCACAUCUUUGUCUGUUUUGAAUUGUUGCAUUUGUUUUUGAUGCUUUUCAAUUGUUAUGGUAAAUCUUUACCAAUCAUUUCAUCUUCAUCGCUGUACAUAUCACUCUUCUCCUUUUUCACAAUCACAAUCACGGUUUUGGCAUGCUCUCAUGGCAAAUUCAACGAUGCGAAGUUUGUUUUUGCUACAUUUUAUAAUGAAACUGGUUGGAAGAAUGGUGGUAUCGCGUUUAUUGUCGGUUUGAUUAACCCAGCUUGGUCAUUCUCGUGUCUUGAUUGUGCAACCCAUAUGGCGUUUGAAGUUGAAAAACCAGAAAGAGUUAUUCCCAUUGCUAUCAUGGGCACAGUCGCCAUCGGUUUCGUUACUUCCUUUUGUUAUGUUAUUGCUAUGUUCUUCUCUAUCAAGGAUCUGAGCGCUGUCUUGUCGUCCACGACAGGUGCGCCAAUCUUGGACAUUUACAACCAAGCCUUGGGUAAUAAAUCAGGUGCGAUCUUUCUUGGUUGCUUGAUUUUGCUAACUUCCUUUGGGUGUGUCAUUGCUUGCCACACUUGGCAGGCAAGAUUGUGUUGGUCUUUUGCUAGGGAUAACGGUUUGCCAUUAUCCCGUUAUUGGGCGCAAGUCAAUCCUCACAUUGGGGUUCCUUUGAAUGCUCACCUAAUGUCAUGUGCUUGGAUAUCGUUAAUUGGCCUACUUUACUUGGCUUCCAGUACAGCUUUCCAGUCCUUAAUUACCGGUUGUAUCGCAUUUUUAUUGUUGUCCUACAUUAUUCCCGUUGUCUGCUUGCUUGCUAAAAAACGUGACAUAGCACAUGGACCAUUCUGGCUCGGCAAAUUCGGUUUCUUUUCAAACAUUGUUCUUUUGGGUUGGACUAUCUUCUCUGUAGUAUUCUUUUCCUUCCCACCGGUGUUACCCGUAACAAAAGAUAACAUGAACUAUGUUUGUGUGGUUAUUGUCGGUUAUACUGCAUAUUCGCUUCUUUACUGGCAUUUUAAGGGCAAGAAGGAAUUCCACGCCGUGGAAGAGUCUGAGGAUGAGCAGGCUGAUUUUGCCAAUAAUUUUGAAAAUGAAGAUAGUCAAGAGUUUUCUCUUGUAGCCUCUGACGUUGAAGUAGAAAAUGAACACGUCCCAUGGGAGGAAAAGUAA